GAGAUAGAGUAUUUACUCAAGAUGAUGCAUUGCUUUGAUUUUGUUCUAAAUUUGCAUAUGAUGAAAUUUAUUUUGGGAAUAUCAAAUGAGUUGUCUCAUGCUUUACAAAGGCGUGACCAAGAUAUUGUCAAUGCAAUGGAUCUUGUUAGAGUUUGCAGGUACAGACUUCAAGCUUCUAGAGAUGACAGAUGGGAUUCAUUGUUUGAGGAGGUUUGUAAUUUUUGUGAUCAACAUUCUAUUGAUAUCCCAAACAUGAAUGACACAUUCAUCCGUUUUGAUUCUCGAGGUCGCCCUGUACGUAAAGGACCAACUCUUACUAAUUUGCAUCACUAUCGCUAUGAUCUAUUUUGUGAUGUGAUUGAUUUGCAACUGCAAGAGUUGGGUGAUCGCUUCUCAGAAGCUAGUACAGAGUUGCUACUAUGCAUUGCUUGCUUAUCUUCACGAGAUUCAUUUUCUGCUUUUGAGAAGAAGAAAUUGCUUAGAUUGGCCGAGUUUUAUCCCCGGGAUUUUUCACCAUUAGAUGUUUGUAUUCUCACUGAUCAACUUGAAAGUUAUAUCUUUGAUGUGCGCUCUAAUGCUUUAUUUAAGGAGCUCAAUGGACUUGGUGACCUUGCAGAGAAGUUGGUAAAAACUAAGAAGCACAAGGUGUUUCCUUAGUUUACAAGUUGUUGACAUUGGCAUUGAUUCUUCCUGUUGCAACCGCUAAUGUUGAAAGAGUAUUUUCAGCAAUGAAUAUCGUGAAAGAUAGGUUGAGCAACUGGAUGAGUGACGACUGGCUCGAUUAUAGACUUAUUGUUUAUGUGGAAAAAGACAUCUUCUUGAAAAUUGACAAUGAUGUCAUUAUCAAACGAUAUCAAUCGAUGAAAACCCGUAGAGAACAGUUGUAAAAUUAUGGUGUUUUUGUAUUUGACUUUAAUGCAAAUUUUUAUUCCUAUAAUCUUUAUUUUUGUUUUUGAUUUUGUUGCUAGAAUAAAUAUUUUUUUGAAUAUUCAUUUUUAAUUACAUUUUGGCCCCACCUGGAUGACAAAGCUAGAUCCGCCCCUGCCUUUGACACACCCUUUAAAUACCCUCAUUUUAAUUUCAUAUUUCUUUACCCACUUUUCCUCUUUUCUUUUACCGCAGCCCCCUUCCCCCUUUCUUCCACCUUUAUAAAUCAGGUGGAAUGCAUAGCAUCAUCUAUAAAUCAUUUUCCUAAACCAAAUAUAACUCUAAAUGUAAAAAGCACAUGAAGUAACAAUACACUGGCCAAGGGUGCAAAAAAUUAACAUGUUAUGCAAAAGAUCCAAUAAAGAUACCCAUGUUGACCGUAAUAAAUAACAAACCUAGCAAAUUCAUAACAAUCAAAUAAAAUAGUGAAUAAAGAGUCAUUAUAUCAUAUUAAAUAGGAAAUCCAGAAAAAUACAAUUUAAGACACAUUGAACAUUGAGGUACAAAAAAUGAAAAAAAAGUCUUAAAUUUGAACAAAGAAUUCUUUGGUUAAUUUCAACAAACAUAUUAUGGGCAUAAAAUGAAGUAGAGCAAUUAUGCAAAAUUUUCAAUUAAUUAACACAUCAAAUCCAUUACAAUAAAACGAAUUAAUCAAUUAGUUAAUGUUAUAACAUACAUAAUAUACAUAAAAUCAAACAAAAAUGCACAUGAAGAAAAAUCGAAAUAUAGAUGGAGAGCUCAUAGAGGAAUGGUUUGAGAAGAGUGGAUACCUUGGAGAUGAAUAAGUCUGUGGAAACUAGAUGGAGAGCUCUUAAAUAGAGAGACCCUCAAAGAAUAGAGACUGAGAGAGAGGUUUUAAAAUGAAGAAAAUAGGAAGAAGGAGAUUGGGGGCUGGGGGAAUAGAAAGGGGCGCAGACAGAGACGAAGAGGAGAGAAAGGUGGAAGAAAGGGGGAAGGGGGCUGCGGUAAAAGAAAAGGGCGCAGGGAGGGGUGGAGGGGGAGAGAAAUAUGAAAUUAAAAUGAGGAUA